GGUCCGUGUCUACAAUGUGCAAAAUGCUCACUGACAAAACAGCAGGGACGCCGCUAGAACGAUUCUCACGCUAUGCUGUUAUCGUCAAUCGAAAUUAUACAUCCCUGAAUGGUCAAUGUAGGAACAUUACGUUCGAGAGAGCCGUGAGCUUGGGCAGAGAUAUACGCUACAACAACAGGAACCUAUUUGCAGAACGUCAGUGGAGGUAUCAGAAGUGCACUCAGACUGGUUUGUUCACUCCAACAUAUGCAAACAAUCAACCCUUUGGACAAGCCGUGAGUGAAGAGUACUUUCUUAAAGGCUGUGAAGGCUACUUCGGUCCAGAAUUCAACCGGUCUCUGAUUCUGAAGGGCCACGACGAAUUAAUAACCAACUACGCCGGACUUGACGUCAAGAACACCAACAUCGUCUACACACAAGGAUCCUUUGACCCAUGGGGCAAGUAUGGAUUUAACACGGACCCGAACCCAGGAGCCCAUGUUAUAAUCAUCAACGGUGGUGGCCACACCCCAGACAUGGGAGCUCCUGCUGCCACAGACAUUGCUGGGGUCACACAAGCCAGAGCCAGGAUCCGACAACUCAUCAGACAGUGGAUAUCGGCUGGUGCAGUCCCGUUAGUCGGGUGAAGUGAACGUCAACGAAC